UCCCACCAUCCAGAGACUGAUGAAAGGAUACAACAAAUACCUGAGGCCCUUCUUUGACAACGGCCCUGUGACAGUCGGAAUGAGUCUGGACAUCGCAAGCAUCGACACCAUCUCAGAAAUCAAUAUGGAUUACACAGCCACCAUCUUCCUCCGUCAGCGCUGGACCGAUGAGCGGCUGGUGUUUGAGGGAAACAAGAGCCUGAGUUUAGACGGUCGCCUAGUGGAGCUGCUGUGGGUCCCGGACACAUUUAUCGUGGACUCCAAGAAGUCCUUCCUCCACGACAUCACUGUGGAGAACAGGCUGAUCCGGAUAUUCCCCAACGGGACCGUCCUGUACGCGCUCAGGAUCACCACCACAGUGGCCUGUAACAUGGACCUCACCAAGUACCCCAUGGACAAGCAGACAUGCACACUACAACUGGAGAGCUGGGGCUACAACAUAAACGACGUGAUGUUCUACUGGACCAGAGGGAACGAGUCAGUGAGUGGACUGGAUUCUCUGCAGCUGGCUCAGUACACUGUAGAAGACCACUACACCUCUGUGUCCGAGGCUAUUUAUGAGACAGGGCAUUAUCCAAAGCUGGUCUUCCACUUUGAGCUGAAGAGGAGCAUCCUGUAUUUCAUCCUGGAGACCUAUGUGCCCUCCAGUCUGCUGGUGGUGCUGUCCUGGGUCUCUUUUUGGAUCUCCCUCUCCUCUGUGCCAGCACGGAUCUGUAUAGGAGUGACUACAGUGUUGACCAUGACCACUCUAAUGAUGGGCGCUCGCACCUCUCUGCCCAACGCAAACUGCUUCAUAAAGGCCAUAGACGUGUACCUCGGCAUCUGCUUCAGCUUCAUCUUCGGGGCUCUGAUUGAGUACGCCGUGGCCCACUUUUGCACCCUCACCAGCACUGAUUCACACAUGCUCAUGUACAGUCACCACCUCCACGACCUGGACGACGAGAUCAACGGCAUCGUCACCACCAUCUCCAGUCACGCCGCCGCCGCCAACCGUGCCAAGAGACGGGCCAAAGAGCAAUCCGCCACGCCCGCUCCGACCCCCGCCUCCACCGAACUGACUGUCACCCCCUCCUCCCCGUCCGGCAGCGAGCCCAAACCCGAGCCCGCCCCCCCAGAACAUACCCACUGGUGCAUCACCGCCCUGGCAACCCUCCGCAAACUCCUCCGCUCCAUAAAGUGCUGUACCGUGGAAAACCCCCAUCACAUAGACAACUACUCCCGAAUCACUUUCCCUCUCUCGUUUGUCAUGGUCAACCUGCUCUACUGGACAUACUACCUGUAUUUUUAGCAGUUCCCCCGGUUCUCCACAAGGGGGCGCUGGUUUGUAGAGCUGCAGUGUAUUUUGCUGUAUGUAUGUACAGUAAGUGUUCUUCAGGUGUGGGUGGAGAUGUGUGUGGACAAUUACGAUCUUACAUCAUCAAUACAUCAUAAACUAAACGCCCCAUGGUGUACUAUACUCGUGUACAGUCACUGCGAUUUUGGCUAUAGCUAAGUUGUGUUUUUUUCCAAGUUAGACAAACUAUAAUAAUUGUUGUUGUUGUUGUUGUUGUUGUUGUUGUUCAUUGGCCUUAAAAGUUAUCAGACCAUUUUUUUACUUACCUUCGAACAUUUUAUUCAGUAUGAUUUGGCUUAGUGUAUUUUCAAUCUAGCACCUUUUUUUUAUUAAUGGGAUGAAUUAAUGAGAUUAUGAAGGCUAUUCUUAUACAAACUACUACUAUAUUGCCUAUUAUGAAGUUUAUUGUGACAGGGAGGGCAUCUGGUGUAAAAUCCUGCUAAAUAACCUUGCGACUGACUUGCUCUGGACACCUCAAUUUAAUACAAGGACAUUUUACUAGAUCGAUUAUUCUUCAAAUACUUAAUAGUAGUUGACACAUGCACCAUGCGAUGAUCUUUAGACUGAAAUUUAUGACUUAAAGCUGCACUGUGUGACAUUUCUAGUAGACGGUCCACCACCUGUUUGUCUCCAUGGAAAUGUUAUAGCUUGUUUAAAAUGUUCCACAGUAUAAAUUAAACCUGUCUAUCACGAGGGAGACAAGCAAGUUACAACACUACGCUACAUUACAGUUCAGAUCUGUGGAGUGUCACCCCUAUUCACAGAAGGAAUUAUUGUGUUUUUUACGCAAUACAAACACCUGUAAUGAAUCAAUGCCAGAUGGAUAUGUUUAAUGCUGUGCCAUGGAAUAUUACAGGCAAUGGAAUAACAUCUCUAUAGAGACAAGUAGGUAGCGGACCCUCCACCCGAAAAGUUGCGUAGUGCAGCAUUAAAGUUGACUUAUCAUGCUUUAUUUGGCCUCUAUUGGCUCUUAAACAUGCUUUUCAGAACAUAACGUAAUAACACAACGUCUAACAUUUCGAGGCCUAUACAAGCGAACAGAUUUACUUUAGAGCGACGUGAUCGACAUGGUAAUAUACACACGCAGUUAUUAUGAAAGCAAUCUGUCAACAGAAGAGCUCAGAACGAGUCCAGUAAAGUCCUGUUCUGUUUAGUUACGUAACGAUUUGGGCAAAAUGAAAACUCAGAGGGAGAUGACUUAGUGCACAGGAUUACAGAAACAAGCACGAAUGAAGCAAAAUACAGCUCUAUGUAUGUUUAUUGAUAAGGAAGCAAUGGCACAACAAGGCACAGUGUCUGUACAUCUGUAUAUUUCCUAUGGGCCUACCACGUGUUUUCACCGUUGCAUUCUCACAUUAGGUUCAUUACAUUUCUCUGUCUUAUAUGUUUAUCUGGCUCAGUUUUAAAAUUUGACAGCCGGGGAACAUAAAAAGCCAGUGACAAUUUGAUGGGAAGGAUUCAAUUAAUUCCAUGUGAUGUAGAAAUGGAAAACACUGCUCGGGGAGAUAAAACGUCUUGUAUUUAUUUCCAUGGAGGCUUUCUCUUCUCUGUCCGAAGAUGGAUUGGUAAUUCAGCGCUCUGUGACAGGACACACUAGUACCACCGCAGCUGAGAAAAAGCCCACUCCACUUUGAUACUACGCCAUGAUGAAAUGUGCAUUGAUAUUUUACAACUUCAUUUACUUCUGGCUGCCUGGAGGUACCGAGCUUACACUGAAAUUAAUGGAUGGACAAUAUGUGGAGAGAAGAGAGACAAAAGAGGAGGAAAGAAAAACUACAUAGAGCCAUAGAGAGUAGUGUUAAAGUAGAAUUCUGAAUCCCAAUAACUGACUUUUAAAGAACACAUUUUAUGCAUUAUUUAUAUUGUUGUUGGCUUUUAAUAGUAGAUGAGUAACUUCGCUUUGGCAUCUCAUGUUUUAAAACUUAAAAUAUUGGCUCUGCUGGUAUAAUUUUUCAUCUUGUGCACUCCCUAUACUCAAAUCUGGUGUAGGGCUCCAUCUACUGGCACUAGAAGGAAUUACCAUGGGGGGAACUAAAAACUAAUGUUACUAACGCUAACUAAUUAAGGAAUAUGCCCAGAUAUGUUAAUGUAAGAAUGCAGUUUAAGGCUUAAAACGAGUCUGGUGAUAAUUUAUGGACUUAAAAACUACGCAGGGCUUUUACUGGCGUACAACUGUGUUACAAUCCUGGGAAAAAUCAAAUUCAGUACAUACAAAUACAGCACAAGAUUCAUUCAGCUAGUGCCAGUGAAGCAAGAUCCAACUCAAGGUACGUCGUGUUUGAUAAGGGAACAAUGUUAGAACAAAAAUCUUGAAAAAGUCAAUUUUGCAUAACGUGUGUUCUUUAAGAAAUCUGUCCAAUCAAAAUCAUCAUGAGAUAUGUUCAUUCAUUCAAACAUGUGAUGUCUUUGAACCACAUCAGACUCUGUGACACUGUAAAUGUAGUGGCCUUCUAUACAAGCAGCUGGGAAUAGGGCCAAUGGUAUAAUGGUGUUAGCAACCAGUUCUCAUUUCCAAGGUGAAAAAUGCCAUAGAUUCGACUUAAACGUAUUGGAAGUUGCUAUCAUUCCAAUACAGGUACGUUUGUGUGGUGAAGGUAUAUACUUCAUUGGCCUCGUAGGGAUAUUUUUCCUCAGCAAACUAGCUUAUUGUGCAUGGUUUAGGUUGAUGAGGGAAACCAGAGUACCCAAAAGUGUAUCCAGAGUGUACCGGAAACACCAGAAGACCCUACCUGAUCUGCAAAUGCAACCCAGGUGAGAGUGCUAAACCAGGGUUAAUUUGGUUAACUCAAAUAUUUUUUAGCAUUACCAUAUUUUUGGUGACAAAAUCUAAAACUGAGUGGAUAUAAGAUACAAGUUCUGCACUAAGUUUUCAGCCCCAAACCAGACUCAGAAUAAACUCAACUUCCAAGAAACACAGCUUUACAUCUUUCAUGAAGCAACACAAUUCAUCAUAGUUAAAAUUAAAAGUAUGUUAUGGAUUUGGACUGCAAUUAAAUCUAAAACUAAAAAGAAGGAAGUUGACAAAAUCUUGCCUGAAACUG